UUUUUUUUUCAAUCAGGCAGUUGUUAGGUCGCUCCCAACAACUGCUUACUUUUCGAGGACCCUUAGAUAGCAUGUCUGCAAUACAAAAUUAGCUCGUGGGCUAGCUACAAUAUCGCUACAGGUUAAACAAAAAUAGAAAUAAAGAAAAUAAAAUUAAAAAUGGCAGAAGUGAAGGUGAAGAAGGAGGCGAACCUCUCAGACCCUGCGGAGGUGGAAAACAGGUCAGUACGGGGACUCUAAACCGCUGUUAUUCACUGUAAAAACGUUUAACCGAACCCCAUUUCAAUUCCUUUCAAUUUAGAGUUUCUCCGAUAAUCUUCACACAAGCAGGCCAUUUCUCUUAUAAAUGAAUAGCAUUGACAUUUUUAAGCAGUCCUGAGCAAGUUUACAAAAAUUAAACUGAAAUGUUAAUGUGUCUUGUGCGUUAUCGUUGCUUUUCAUUGUCCUCAGAGCAGUUUUAGCGGUGGGAGACUGUCAAAAGCGAGGCCAGAAGUUAGUUCAUUCAAAACUCGAUUUUUUAUUUAAAGUUUCUCUUGGAGUUUUGAAUUAUAUGCCGAAUUUUAGUUUUAGCUUCAGAAAGUUAGCAAGUAUCCCAGAUUAUUUUUGUAUUAUAUUUUAUUCGGAGAACAAGUGGGAAACAUGCUUAUUACGAUCUUUUUUAACCGAAUUUGGUCUACAUACAUCUCACCGGAAUGGAAUAAAAGUGAUGAACCCAGGAUGUCAUUUAAGAGCUUGUCAGCUGGUUUAUAUGGAUGGCUGCAAAAAAAAGAAAAAAGUUCUGCCCGUAAUAUUUAUAGAGUUAAUGUAUGUUUGAAUAUCUAAGUAGCUCAACCAAGUAACCAAGACGCAGUUGAGCUGGCUGAUGAAAUUCAAAAUGGUUCAAAACGUACUUGUGAAUAUAAAUGAUCAGUACCUGAAUCAGACGAUCAAUCACUCAUAACUUAUCAAUAGUUAGACAUUUUAUUUCUCAUUAUUGUUGUGGUUUUCGAGUUUAUUUUUUCAUGCCUAGACCUUUUAUUUUACCCUGUUUUGAAACUUUUUAAAACUCCUGUUGUUAUUCUUUAAGCACCUCAUAUUAUUAAUGUUAUUUAAACAGAACCCAUUAAAACAAAAGCUUACGAAGUGCUUUGACUGACAAGUAAGUUGAUUAUCAGUAAAGGUGUUCAGAUCAUAGACUGCAUGUAGUUUCCACAGUGUAUGGUUCAGUCUAUGGUUCAGAUGUCAUAUUGAAUUCAUCACUUUGUGUGUUUGUGUUUGUGUGCGUGCGUGUGUGUGCACGUGUGUAUAGGAUCAGAGAGCUGUGUCAGCAGUUUCCUCAUGGGAUCACAGACCAGGUGAUCCAGAACGAUAUGCCUCACCUGGAGCCCCAGCAGAGAGCCAUGGCCAUCAACAAGCUGCUGUCACUGGUUAGUCUAGUGGUGAUGUCACUGCUGAAGUUUUCUCCUGAUUGGUCAGAGUGUUUUGGAUCAAUGUGGUUGAUGAUGCCAACCUAACCUGUCUCUUCACCUUCCUGUUCACCUGCUCAGGGCCAGCUGGACCUGCUGAGGAACAGCACAGGGCUGCUGUACAGGAUGAAGGACACACAGAGCACCAGGUAAACACUCCUGAGGCCUCCUGCAGGAUUUAACAGGCUACUACAAAACAGAUGGUGAUUGUACUGUAACACUGGGGUGUAAACGUGAGGUUAUUUCUGUCCAUGUUUCAGUAAGAUGAAAGGUUCAGACAAUCAGGAGAAGUUGGUCUAUCAGAUCAUCGAGGACGCAGGCAACAAAGGUAACAAACUCAGAAUCUGACAACUAAAACCCUGAAUUAGACCCCAGGUAUGCACCUGUACUCAGUUGAACUAGUCCCUGAUGAGGCAAAGUUUAUCUUAACUGGUUGACUGUAAUAUCCAAACAAACAGAAAUUUGGUUGCAAAGCUUUUCUCUUUAUGGAGAGUUUCUGUAAGUGCAAACUGUCUCUGAAAAUAGCAGUCUCCAAGGAUUUAUAAUAUAUUCAGAAUAUUUUAAAUUGAUGAAAUCCACUGCAGAAAUCUUGUUAUGGAGUUUAAAUGCCAUCAUAAAUCAGAAUUACCCUCAGACAGUGCUACAUUUGAACUUUGAACUAAUGUCUUUAAAACAGCCAGUCUGGAUUCAAACCUGCAGAAUUUUACAUGAUAUCAUUAUCAUUUCCCUCUUACCAGUUUCUUCUUCUUCUUUUUUCUAUUUAUGAAUCAGUUUUUUUCUAAAUAAGACUGGUUGUCAGCACUCAUAAAGCAUCCUUCAAUUAGUCAGUCUAACUAAGAAAGUAGUGUACAUCAUUAGUAAUUAAAUUAAAGACAGUAAAAACAAGCCAAAAAAUAAAAAAGAUGUCAGAAAACAGUUAAAAAUAUUAAAGAGUAGUUAAAUAUGGGUAAAAGCCCUCAGCUUUUGUUGAAUUUGGCCUCUGGGAUAAAUAUAGUUCUUCUCAUCUUAUCUGAUCUUCUCUAAACUGGCAAUAAAAAUGAGUAAUCAAAUAACAAAACAACACUGAAAUCUGUAUAAAACAGCAACUGUCUCUGUUCAGCUUCCUGAUCCGUUCACAGUCUUGUCCUCUAAGCAGAAACCUGUAAAUAUCUCUGAAAACUAUAGAAAUAUAUCCAGUCAGUAUUUUUCAAUCAGUCUGAUCAGAUAAAAAGGAGACCGAACAAAGUAGAGCAAUCAUUUCCACACUUUUUGUUUUUGAUUUUGUUUUUAAUCUUUGAAAUCUGUCACAGAUCAGCGUGAGCAUGAGGGAUGUUCACUGUCAGAACACUUUGUCACUGUGUGAACUCAAACACCUGUCUGUAUUUCUAUCAAACAGCCUCUCUGCCUCACAUUCAGCAGCUGUUUUAAUGAAUGUUUUUAUUUUGACUGUGCAGGUAUCUGGAGCAGAGAUAUCCGCUUCAAGAGCAAUCUCCCUCUGACUGAAAUCAACAAAAUCCUGAAGAACCUGGAGAGCAAGAAGCUCAUCAAAGCAGUCAAAUCAGUAGCUGUGAGUUCACACUUGAAAGCCCAUCAGCUAAUCGUACCAGGUCUCCUCUCUAACACUGACUGUUUGUCACGUAUCAGGCAUCCAAGAAGAAGGUGUACAUGCUGUACAACCUACAGCCAGACCGCUCAGUGACAGGCGGAGCUUGGUACAGCGACCAGGACUUCGAGUCUGAGUUUGUGGAAGUCCUAAACCAGCAGUGCUUCAAGUUCCUGCAGAGCAAGGUUAAACAUUUCCAUUUAAAUUGCUGGAGGAUGAUAUUUAUACCUUUUGCAUGUAGUUUAUUAGAAAAAUGAUAUAGUUGCUAAAUAAGACCUGAACUCAUAAAAGUGUUCUGAAACUCAUGCGAUCAGUGAUUUUGUUCAUAAAAACAGACUUUGGUAGUUUUAAAAUAAUUUAAGUGUAUUUUGAUGGAAAAGUAAGUGUCAAGACAAAUAAUAUUGGGUUGUGUAAACAUCUCUGCUCAUUGUAAAUUUGAUUCCACCAACAUGUUUGUAAAAGUUAGCUGCAGGUUCAUGUUUUCUACUGUGUAUCAUCAACUCAUCUUUUCCCAACACCCUGUAAACAUUAGUAAACCCAGGGGACCAGUUUCUGGUUUGUGGUUUCUGGCCAUUCUUGUUUGAUAGAGGACUGUCCCUUAUGUACAGCGAUUUCUAACGAUUCUCUGAAUCUUUCAAUGGUAUCAUGUUCUGUAGCUGAUGAAAUCCACUCAUUCUUUCACAUUUGACACUCAGGAACAUUAUUUUGAAACUGUUGAACUAUUAGCUCACUUAGUCUCUCACAGAGUGAGAGACUCUUCCUGUAUUACUUAAAAUAGUUAAACUGGCAAAGUUUUCCAUAUUGGUUCAGAAUUUUUUAAUUCACAUUAGUUAUCACUUGUCAGGGUGUUGAUUGUGAUUUAACCAGCAAGUGGCAGCAGAGUCAUGUUCAGUUUCAGAGAGUUAAAGUGUCAACUUCAGAAAUUACAGGAAGAAUUAAUGUUAUUAUUUAAUUAAUUCAUUCACAAAUAAUAAAAUUUUGGGACCAGUGUGGAGGAUGUAGUAUCAAAAUAUACUCAGAGUACCAAAAAAGCUUGUGUAAAGUAGAAUGAAUGCAUAUGUUAUAAAACUCUCACACUUAUUGAUGUUUUCUUUUGAUACAGUAACAUUUAGGCCAAUGAAACUCCCACAAAUGUUGAGAGCCUCCUGCACAAUGAUCACAAGAGAUACAGGCGAUUUUAGUAGGUUAGUUACUUUGCUGAUCACAUGAUCUUUGUGUAUGUGUGUGUGUGUGUGUGUUUCUCUGUUUGUGUGUUUGUUUGUUUGUUUGUUUGUUUGUUUGUUUGUUUGUGUGUGUGUUCAGGCUGAAGUAGCAAGGGACAGUAAACAGAGCCCCAUGGUCCAGAGGAACAGUUCCUUUGCCACCUCACAUGAAGUCUGGAAAUACAUCUGUGAGCUGGGAAUCAGCAAGGUAACUCUCCUAAAGCCCCACCUCCUUAUGAUAUCACACCUUAAAGGGAUAUUCCGGCGUAAAUUUAAGUUACGGUCAAACACACCGUGAUACAGAGUUAGACACCUCCUCCAGAGAUGAAUGUUGCCGACUGCUUGCUUGUGUAGUUAUACUAACUUUAGUAAUGACUGCAUGAUAGCAGUACACAGUGGUCUACGUCUCCAUGCGCAAACCUCAUCCAAAUAGCCACUCUAUAGCCACAAAUAAUGCUCAGAACAGCACCUAACUUCAUCAACAGUACAUAUGGGGUCCCAACCAUAGUAUUAGCCACCGAACAUCGUUUUAGUUUUGCCUAAUUUCUUUAGCAAAGAAACUAAACACAACUCACCCACUCUCCUCCAGCAGCCACUUGUUGGUCUUAUCUAAAGAUUGAUACCAAAUUCAGUAUUCAGUUGUUCAGUUUUUCUGUAGUUAUACAGCAAUUUCAGAAAUGCUAUUUAAUAAUGGUUAAAAUCAGUUUUUUAAGUUCUGCACUUAUGAGAAUCAUAAAACUAUGGGGUAUAUACAAAUCCGAUUUCUCUAGUUCUUGAUAAACUUAUCAAAUUGGGGUUGAUUUAUCAUUUAAAUGGUAUUAAUCUAAUAAAGGGAUGUAUUUCAUGUUUCCUUAUCGCCUGGUAAGGAUGGUCCUCAGAUAAUAGGGAAAUAUCUGUAGGCCUCCUAAGACAACAAAUACAACAGAGUGUUUGCGUGCACGCGCGCCCGCCUGUGUGUGUGUGUGUGUGUGUGUAGGUGGAUUUAUCCAUGGACGACAUAGAGACCAUCCUGAACACACUUAUCUACGAUGGAAAGGUGGAGAUGACGGUCAUUGCUGCAAAGGAGGGGACAGUGGGCAGUGUGGACGGACAGAUGAAGCUAUACCGUGGCGUGAACCCGAUUCUGCAGCCUACAGGCCUUGUCAGGACACCCUGCGGGCUAUGCCCGGUAACAGCACACACACACACACACGUGCGCGCAAUGUAGAAACUCAUUUGUUUAUUCUUCCUUCCUGGCCGUAGUUAUUACCACAUUUUAGUUCUGGUGUAGUAUUUCCCUGUGCUCACAAACACUGACUUUCUCUGUGGUCUCAGGUGUUUGACGAUUGUCAUGAGGGAGGAGAGAUCUCGCCGUCUAACUGUAUCUACAUGACCGAGUGGUUGGACUUUUGACUGCUCAUCCUCUCAUCAGCCCCUUUGUUUAUUUUUUCUGAGAUCCAUCAAAUUAUUUUCUAUUUAUCACAAAGUUUAAUAAAAAUGCAACCUAAGACUUGUUGACUGCUGCUUUUUCUUUGUAAUUAGGAUGUGUUGGUCUCUUUCAUUGUAGUGGUAAAUUUUCAUUUUUUCUCUUGACGUUUAUGUUUUUGUGUGUGAUAUUAUGAUGUAAAAGAAGGGAAAAAAAGUUAAAGUCAUGACCUCAUGGUGCUAAAUUAAUCAGAAUAAACAUUUUUGAUAAAGACUUUUGUAAAUGUAAAAUAACUUUACACUUUAAUUAAAACCCCUUUUCAAUAAUAUGAAGACCUUUUUUCAAGCAUUACUUAGAAAAAUCUUGUGAACUAAAGACCUCAUUAUCAUAAUUUAUGAGAAUUAACAUGUAAAUUUAAAAUCUUCUUUAAAUGGUGAGACAAUUCCAGUAGUUUCAAGAUUUUUUUUUCUGCAAGUCAAAGAGACAAAAGCUGUAACCUUAGAACCCUAUUAUCAUACAUGAAUGACAAUCUUAAAAGCCAGACUUUUUUUUGUCAAAAAGACACUCAUAACAGCUCUAUUCUCAUAACAUGAGGACUCUUUUCUCAAGACAAAACUUUUUAAGAACCUGUAAUUUUUGUCUUUUUGUAAAUUUACAACUUUUUAGUAAAAUGUAUACAUUUUUUGUGUUAC